AUGCGUAUAAGACUCAUCAUACUUGUGGCCUCGUCGGUCGCUCUUCUUACCACGACCAAGGGAAACCUAGCAUCUAAGGGCAUGGUGGGUGAAAAGACCAAGGUGAUCAAUGAUGAGCAGAUUGUCAAACGUUCUCUAAGGAAUGAGAACAUAAGCGAUUCGAGUGCGGUCAAUGAUGAAGAGCGAAUGAUGAACGCUGAAGGCAACAAAGCUAAACUCGUCGAAGACAUUGUGACUUACCUUAAAACUAAUAACGAAAGCUUGGAUUUAAAUAAAAUCAAAAUUUCAAUAAUGAAACAUAUUAAGAAAUAUGAGGCGGUUCUUGACGAAAUUAAAGCGAUGGGAAAAACCAAUGAAUUUAUACUUCGUAAGAUUGAUUACAUGGUUGCAUCUAUGGGAACUAACAAAAAACGUGAUGCGAUAAACGCUGUAGUAGAAAAUUUGAAGGAAAAUCACAUAACUGUUAAGGAGAUUGCGAGAGCAGCAAAAACCAUCGAUCCGGAAACCACAGAAAGGAAACAGGCCAACUUUUUACUCCUAAUGUACGAUGGAUAUCUGCAAUCGGCGCGUGCCAAUUCUCCGAAUGGGUUGUCUUAA